GCAUGCAGCUACAUAAAAGACACGGAGAAGCUGAUCAUCGGGGCAGUCCUGUCCAUGGUCAUGGGAGGCUUUUAAUAGUAACAAAAAACUGCAUGACAUUCUUUUUUAGCCAUGUGAUGAUUUUUCCACACGUCGGUAGUCGUUGUUGGCUCAAGAGUAACUCGGGAGAGGAACUUGGUACAUCGCAGAAACGAGAAGUAAACGGCAAACUUAGACAUACACGUGGGAACUCGUUUAAACUCGUGAACAUGAACUUGGAAUCUCAGACAACCACGAGUUUGAUUUUUUCUUUCGUGGGUGGACUCGCGCCGUGAGACAGGGCUAUAAAAGUGGAGGGAGCGCUUCAGGAUUGCAACAGUGACAAAGAUGUGGAAGUAAUUCAUCGUGAAACUUGGAUAAAAAAGGCAAAAGAAGAGGUUUCAUCGAACAAAGUAGUUUUAACAGACAAAAAUGGCCAGUGAACGAUUUUACCGAAGGGGGAGUAUUAAUAGCCUCCUGAGCAACACAAGUGAUGAAGAUAUGGUGGAGAUCGCAGGAGCAUCUCUGGACUUUUCUUUGGCAGAUGAUGUUCCUCCACUGGACAGGGAGCCAGAAAAAGAACCCACAGUCUAUAAUGGAGCAGGAAUGAAUGGUGCAAGUAAGAUAAUGGAUUUUUUUGAUGAACCAGUUCCUGGUGUGGGGACAUAUGAAGAUUUCAAUACGAUCGACUGGGUCCGUGAGAAAUCCAGGGACAGAGACAGACACAGAGAGAUUGCAAGCAAGAGUAAGGAAUCAUUGUGUGCACUCAUUAAAGGUUUGAGUGAUGCUUUCUCCGGUUGGCUGGUAAUGCUUCUGGUUGGGCUUAUGGCAGGUGCCAUUGCCGGUUUGAUCGAUAUGACUUCUAACUGGAUGACAGAUCUAAAAGAAGGGGUCUGCCUAGUAGGAUUCUGGUAUAAUCAUGAACACUGUUGUUGGACAUCUGAUGAGAUCACUUUUGAACAGCGAGAUAAAUGCCCAGAGUGGAAGACGUGGUCUGAACUUUUCCUUAACCAGUCUAAUGGGACUGGUGCCUAUAUAUUAAACUACUUCUUGUACGUCAGUUGGGCCCUAGCUUUCGCUUUCCUGGCUGUGUCCUUGGUGCGAGUAUUUGCACCUUAUGCCUGUGGUUCUGGAAUUCCAGAGAUUAAAACCAUAUUAAGUGGUUUUAUCAUUAGAGGCUACCUAGGAAAGUGGACCUUGAUUAUUAAAACUAUAACCCUAGUUUUGGCUGUGUCGUCAGGCCUCAGCCUUGGGAAAGAAGGUCCUCUUGUACAUGUGGCCUGCUGCUGUGGCAAUAUUGUCUGUCAUCUCUUUACGAAAUAUCGGAAAAAUGAAGCCAAGAGGAGAGAGGUACUAUCAGCAGCUGCAGCAGCAGGUGUCUCUGUAGCCUUUGGUGCCCCCAUUGGAGGAGUUUUAUUUAGCCUUGAAGAGGUCAGCUAUUACUUCCCUCUGAAGACUUUAUGGAGGUCAUUUUUUGCUGCACUGGUCGCAGCCUUCACAUUACGUUCAAUAAAUCCAUUUCGUAAUAGCGGCCUUGUGCUAUUCUUUGUCGAAUUCCACAGACCCUGGCAUUUGUUGGAAUUAAUUCCAUUCAUACUUUUGGGAAUCUUCGGAGGACUGUGGGGAGCUUUUUUUAUACGUGCUAAUAUUGCCUGGUGCAAAAGGCGCAAGACCACUGUGUUAGGGAGGUAUCCCGUUCUCGAGGUCCUUAUUGUGACGGCCAUCACAGGUAUCAUAGCUUUUCCUAAUAACUUCACUAAAAUGAGUACCAGUGGGCUCAUUUCCGAACUAUUCAAUGACUGUGGACUACUGGACUCUUCACCACUCUGUGAUUAUGUUAAUGAAGCCAACAGCACAAAAACAAUUGAUAAUCUGCCAGAUCGUGCAGCAGGCAAAGGUGUCUACGCAACAAUAUGGCAGCUGGCUCUAGCUUUGCUGUUUAAAAUCUUCAUCACAAUAUUCACAUUUGGUAUAAAGGUUCCAUCGGGACUCUUCAUACCGAGUAUGGCAGUAGGAGCGAUAGCUGGAAGACUUCUAGGAGUAGGAAUGGAACAACUGGCCUACUAUCACCGUGACUGGGUCAUCUUUAAAGGGUGGUGCAAUCCUGGAGCUGACUGCAUCACUCCUGGAUUGUACGCCAUGGUUGGUGCUGCUGCUUGUCUAGGUGGUGUGACCAGGAUGACUGUAUCCUUGGUGGUUAUAAUGUUUGAACUAACGGGUGGAUUGGAGUAUAUUGUCCCAUUGAUGGCUGCUGCAAUGACCAGUAAAUGGGUGUCCGAUGCAAUUGGGAGAGAGGGCAUCUAUGAAGCACAUAUUCGACUGAAUGGUUAUCCAUUCCUGGAGGCAAAGGAAGAAUUUACGCAUCAGACAUUAGCAAUGGAUGUUAUGAGACCUCGGCGCAAUGACCCCCCUUUGACAAGUCUAACUCAGGAUGGAAUGAAGGUGGAAGACAUGGAGGCAAUUAUUAAUGAAACAACCUACAGUGGAUUUCCUGUCAUAGUGUCAAAAGAAUCUCAGCGACUUGUUGGUUUUGUCCUCAGAAGAGAUUUAAUCAUUUCAAUUGAAAAUGGAAGGCAGCGACAAGAUGGGAUUGUAAGCACGUCCAUUAUUUAUUUUACUGAACACCCUCCUGUGCAACUUCCAGACAAUCCUGCUGCACUCAAACUGCGUGCCAUACUAGAUUUGAGUCCAUUUACAGUGACGGACCAUACACCUAUGGAAAUAGUGAUUGAUAUAUUUUGCAAGCUGGGCUUAAGACAGUGUCUUGUUACCCACAAUGGACGACUCCUUGGCAUUAUCACCAAAAAAGAUAUAUUGAAGCAUAUUGCUCAGAUGGCAAACCAAGAUCCGGACUCCAUUAUGUUUAAUUAAAAUAAAACUCUGUUCAUACUAAUGGGGAUUACAGAGAGAACAUUUUUAUUUGUGGUAACAUGCUAUGACUGGUUUUGGCAUCUUACCUUAAUCUCCGUCUGAAGAGAGAUGGUCAUAGCACAUAUUCAAUGAGCACCUGACUUUCAAUUGCACUACAUGAUCUACAAAAUAGUCUCUGGAGUGUUUUUUUGAUCAGCACUGUGGAAGUACGUGGUAAUUGAAUGAAGAAUUGGAUUAAUUGUUGUUUUACUUCUGCAGUUUGUUAUUAAAUUUAAUUGUAAUGAGUGCGUUGUCAUGCCCAAGGUGCAUGCAUUGUUUGGGCUUUACCAGCAGAAAACCAAAAUGACGAAUUGUUGGAUGUGCCUGAGAUUAGACUAUCUCAACUUUGUCUUGUACUGUAAUGAAGUAUGAGUAUUUUGACAAACCCUGUUCUGUGAGAUUAAUAGAAACCAUUUAUCCCCUUCGAAAUUAUCUGAAAAACAAUGGCAUUUAAAUGAAUCGCCAAUAAAAUGGCAUUCAAUUUAAAUGGCAUUGCAAUGAAUCACCAAUAAACUAAUUGCACGUUAUUAUUGCCCACCACCCCUCACUCCAGUGCAAUAGGGUAAUCAUGGCAGCAAUCAUGUGGCAUCCACAUGUCAUCUAUCUCAGUUUUAACUUAAAUGUUUACAUGGCUACAAAAUGGGAAUAGUCUCAUCCUGUACAGCUAAAUCUCGAUUAAUUAAUCUGCAGGGUGUUAUAUGGGAAAUGUCUCUAAUAAUCUAUAUGUAUUAAAAUAAACAGAUCAGUAACUCACUGCACUUGUUUUAAGGGACUGAUUUGUGUAUGGGGGAAAAAAACACUGAUCUCCACAAAACAAUCUGAAUAUUACAGAAAAUAGAAUUGUUUUGUUUGGAGGAAAGCAACUCUAUUCUUUGCUAUGUAGCUGAUGGAGUGGGAUACCACACCUAGAUUCUCCCUGUCCUAACCAAAAUAGCGCUGAACUGCUAGGUUUAUAUUGAAAUGCAAUGGUUCUUUAUACCCAAGUCAGUUCUCAUUGAUGCUUGCUUCAGGACAAUGUUGACUUUGGGUGCACCUGUCUUUAUUUAUUUGACUUUGAGCCACCUGUCUUGAUUUAUUUGACGGCAUGAACAUUCAGUUCUCCAUUAUAAGGUAACCCCCUUCUCCAAUGUCCCUUUUCUCUCUCCUGGUCCACCAAGAUCCAGGCUGACGUACCCUUUUCAAAUUCCUCUGCUUCCCCUCCCUUCCAUCACUCAUUUCAUUCUCCUCCUCCACCCAUUCCAUGUGUCAACCACCCAGACACUCCUCCAACUGGGUCUCUUUAGCCCCCCACUGUCCCCAUGUGCCCGGCCUAUCUCUCUUGUUUAGUUUCUUGCUUCCUUAUCUAUCGGAUUCCAUCAUCUGCAAUCUUUUGUUGCCUCCACCUAUCGCCUCAGCCUCAACUGCUAAUUCCUUCUCCCUCCUGAUUCCAUCUGCUAAUCCACUCCUCCUCACUGGAAUCUGCCUACCCCUUCUCGACUCUUGACCCACCCCUUCCUCCUUACACUGGCUAUCUCCCCUCGGCUCCUUCACUUCAGAUGAAGUGUCCAGACCUAUAACGUUGACUAUCCACAUGCAGCUCAACCCGAGUUCCUCCAGCAGAUUGCUCAUGGAUCCAGAUUCCAGCAUCUGUGUCUCCUUUACUAACUGGAAACAUUGGUGUGGGAAUGUAUAACAUAGAGCUUGUCCACAUAAACACAUUAUUUCUGACUUCUUUGACAAUGCAUAUUACUCCGAGCAUUACAGCUGCAUUAGAGGUGUAGCUAAAGGUUUGUGUAGGAAUUGGUUGGGACCUGUAAAGGCACAAUUAGCAGUCUGUGGCUGGCCUUUCCCCACGGAUGUUGCAGCUAAGAUGGGUUAUAGUAAACUGGGUGGAAUUAAGUGCUUUUCCACACAUCUAACAUGGGACAGAUAUCUUUGUCUGAAAUCUUUGUAUCUUGCAGAUCUCUCGUCAUUUUUUCAUGUAUCAAUUUACCAGGUUUGAUGGAAACUGAUCACUUUUUUGAGAAUAGUUGAUAAAAAUUACCAACCUGUUUUACAGAAACAAGUUUACUUUUUCUUUAGGAUUUGCUUCACUUAACACGGGUUUUUCGUUGUAUAAUUCUAGGCUGUUAUGUUUACUUCUAAAAAAGAACUGUUUAAUUGAAGUAAAUAUCAAAACUUGCUCAUCCCUAUGGAGCAUCCUCCAACACCAAGAACACUCUGGUUAUGGCGCUGUUAAUAUAACAGGAUUUCUUCAACUGAAGCAAAUUGAGAAUCGUAUAUCUCCUAUGCAUCUGCUAGUGUAAUAUUCUUUAUAUCUUUCUCAGCAGGGAGAUUGAAACCCAAAGUGCCACAUCCAGAUUGAAAUAUCUAGAUAUGGCAUUUUGAAAUAUCUGUGCUACUAAACUGAUUAUUUUAAGGUAAUCAUUUUUCAGCCUACCAAAAUGGUAAUCAUUGGAAGAUGAUUUUCAACAUUUUCAUUGUAAAGUUACCAAUUGAAGAAAGCUGGAAGUAAAAUCGAUGGGUUGAGUUUUAGUGAGGCAGUGAGGGAGAUAGAACUUGCAAGAGUACAGGAUAAGGCUACCCAUAAUUUGGCAGUAAUUGUCCAAUUUGUUAUUUCAAGUGGCCAUCCAAAUUUCUAGUGGAUGCAUUUGAGGCGCAGUGUUGCUGCAGUAGGGUUUGACAGUAGUUUAAGUUGGAGUGAACUUCCGGAGGAUUCAAAAUCACAAGAACACGAUGAACAGCAUACAAAGGUAGUUUGCUCGGUUGAUGGUUGUCACUCUACAAAUGUAAAUUUAAACCUGAUGCUCAGAUUCUGUCAAUGAAUAAAUGAUAAUACAUAGGAGACGUGGUGCAAAUGGAGAUUAUUUUUAGCCUUUGAUGUUGACAUUACAAUAUAAAUCCAAAUCUCUCUAAAUGUUAGGUUUGGUACAAUGGUAGCAUUUCUUUUCUCUGAGUCAGUAAGUCAUGAAGUCAAGUCCCAUUCUGAAGAUUUAAGCUCGGUCUUACCCAGGACUUGAGUGCCAGUAUCAUGGGAAUUGUAUGCUGUUACAGGUGUCAAGCUUGGGAUGAGAGAUUAAACUCUGCUUUCCCACAUCAAUAACACUGCAAUAUUUAAUCCAGUUCAGCCUCUGACUUGUCUCAAAUUAGCAAACUGUUUUCAAGCAUCACCAGUCAGGUUUUACUGAUAAUUAUAUGUCAGAGAGUAAAAAUGAAUUCAAUAUUUUAUGGUGUUUAUCACCAUUUAGUUUUCCACUCAAACCUAGCCAAUUGUUUUCCAGCACAUCCAGUUAAAUCCCAAACUGAUAAAUAUGUACCAUGGUCAUUAAAUGCAGCCAGUUGGAAAUGGUCAUAGAACUAGUAACUAUUCUGUUUAAUCUUAUUUGCUUUCUAAUGUAUUGCCAUUGCUGAGAAUCUCCGAAGACUUAAAUGCUGGUAAUUGUAACAUUGGUUCUCUGAGGUAAUUUAUUACAUUUGUCUUUUUCACCUUUUCAAAUCAAACUUAAGUAAUUUCUUGUACUGGUUAUAUAAUUGAAUAAAAAUUAUUCUUGUA